CCGUGUCUGCGUGUCCGAUCGGGCUCUGUGAUUGGCUGCAGCUGGACGUGGAUCCGCCCCACGCCGCCUAUAGAGAGUCCUCAGUCUGUUUCCUCCUUGCACAGAGUGCGGACCUGGACCCGGAUCGGCACACGGAGCGCGCGCGCCAUGGCAGCUACGCACAGCGAGUACCGAGGCUACCUGCGGAACGGCGUGGACGUGGAGUCCGGACAGCACCGCUGCCACGCGGUGCACGGAUCGGAGCCGACGUACCGGCCGCUGCUGAUCGGGACGCUGGCUGUCAUGGGACUGCUUCAGGUGGCCUCGAGCGUGGCGAUCCUGCUGCACCUGACCGGCUACCUGCAGGAGGUGGAUUUGUCUGCGGCACCACAGCAGCCCAUAGAGGACGUCCAGACGGAACCGGUCCUGAACGCUUUGAGAGACCCAAGGAAGCAGAGACGGUGUAAAACUCCAAAGGACGGCCUCCCAUCAGCCCAUCUUCCAAUCAGGAUCCAGCAGGAAUACGCUAAGAAGGGCGAGCCAAAGGAAAUAACCAUCGACUGGGAUGAGGCGCACGGAUACCGCCACAGGAUGGGCUACCAGAAUGGAAAACUGGUGGUCAUGGACUCCGGUUUCUACUACGUUUAUGCCAAAACCUGCUUUCGCUACUACAAGUACAACCCAGAGGACAACGACCAGGCUGGCAUCAAGCCAGUGGACGUGAGCAACGCCCAGCUCAUCCAGUACAUUUUCCACGAGAGCAUCAAACAUAACAGAAGGGCGAGCAUGCUGACGAAGGUGGGCAGCACGGUACACUGGCAGAACACGGACUACAACAUGUACUGCGCCCAGCAGGGCCGAGGCCUCCGGCUGGAGGAGGGCGACGCGCUCUUUGUCAACGUUUCCAACGCGUGGAUGCUGGACCCCCAGGGGGAAGGGACGUAUUUCGGGGCCAUAAAGUUGGGUAACUAAAGCGUAAAUGUGUGGGGCGUGAACAUGCUACUGAACAUUUGAUGUGCCAAAGAACCACUGUGCAAGAUGAACGAUUUGUAAUGUAAAAAGAAUUAUUUUAUUGUACUGUAUAGUUGUUUAUUUCUGCGUUGCUCUUUGCCAAACAGCUUUGGAGUCCUUCGGUAUUCGUUGACAGCGUGUCUCAGCACCACAUCUGUAAGAGAGAGGAGGAGCGUCACCUUCGGAACGCGCUCAGCAUCGUCCAAAACAGCACUGGAGUUUUUACUUUUUAUAUCUUCAUUUGGUAACUUUGAAAACGUCUCGGUGACAUUCAGCGUUUCUUGCCGUUGCGCUGAUCCAGGACCAGCUUGUACAUUGAUCAUGUCAGCCUGAAAUGUGCACUUCACACACACACACACACACACGGUGUCGUUGUGUUGGAAUAGGUGUAUUGGCUGGUAAAACCCGCACCACUGUCAUGACCACAGGAACGUUCACGCGGGACUACAUGUAUGUUCUGCACAACAUGCCUUCCACCUGCACAUUUGCACUCAUUCAAAAAAAAAAAAAAAAAAAAAAAAAAAAAAAAAAAAAA